GUGCGGCGGACCGAGGGACGGGGCGCGCGCGCGGCCGGGGCCCACCAUGCUGCCGCCCCAGCUCUGCUGGCUGCCGCUGCUCGCGGGGCUGCUGCCCCCGGCGUCCGCGCAGAAGUUCUCGGCGCUCACGUUUCUGAGAGUGGACCAAGACAAGGACAGAGACUGCAGGCUGGAGUGCUCGGGGUCGCAGCAGAGGCCACUGUGCGCGUCCGACGGGAGGACCUUCCUGUCCCGCUGCGAGUUCCAGCGCGCCAAGUGCAAGGACCCCCAGCUGGACAUCGCCUACCGAGGAACCUGCAAAGAUGUGUCCCGGUGUGUGGCAGAGAGGAAGUACACCCAGGAGCAAGCCCGGAAGGAGUUCCAGCAGGUGUUCAUUCCUGAGUGCAACGAUGACGGCACCUACAGUCAGGUGCAGUGCCAUAGCUACACAGGGUACUGCUGGUGCGUCACGCCCAAUGGAAGGCCCAUCAGCGGCUCUGCGGUGGCCCACAAGACGCCCAGAUGCCCGGGUUCUGUAAAUGAAAAGUUACCCCAACGGGAAGGCACAGGAAAAACAGUCUCCUUGCAAAUCUUUUCCGUUCUGAAUUCAGAUGAUGCCGCAGCCCCAGCAUUGGAGACUCAGCCUCAAGGAGAUGAAGAAGAUAUUGCUUCUCGGUACCCAACACUUUGGACGGAGCAGGUGAAAAGUCGGCAGAACAAGACGAAUAAAAAUUCAGCUUCCUCCUGUGACCAGGAGCAGCAGUCGGCCCUGGAAGAGGCCAAGCACCCCAAGAACGACAACGUGGUGAUCCCGGAGUGCGCCCACGGCGGUCUGUACAAGCCGGUGCAGUGCCACCCGUCCACCGGCUACUGCUGGUGUGUGCUGGUGGACACGGGCCGGCCCAUUCCCGGCACCUCCACCAGGUACGAGCAGCCCAAGUGUGACAGCACAGCCCGGGCACACCCGGCCAAGGCCAGGGACACGCACAAGGGCCGGCAGCUGCAGGGAUGUCCUGGUGCCAAAAAGCACGAGUUUCUGACGAGCGUCCUGGACGCGCUGUCCACAGACAUGGUCCACGCCGUCUCCGACCCGUCCUCCAGGCUCUCGGAACCAGACCCCAGCCACACCCUGGAAGAGCGAGUAGUACACUGGUACUUCAAACUACUGGAUAAAAACUCCAGCGGGGACAUCGGGAAGAAAGAAAUCAAGCCUUUCAAGAGAUUCCUUCGGAAAAAAUCCAAGCCCAAGAAGUGUGUGAAGAAGUUUGUUGAGUAUUGUGAUGUGAAUAAUGACAAGUCCAUCUCCGUGCACGAGCUCAUGGGCUGCCUCGGGGCCUCCAAGGAGGAAGGUAAAGCAGACACCAAGAAGCGCCACACCCCCAGAGCGAAUGCGGACAGCACUUCUAAUAGACAGCCAAGGAAGCAAGGGUGAACGCUUGCGUAGCCAUGGCAGUUUCUAGACACGCGGGACUCCCUCACCAACGCGCAACUAAAGAACCAAAACAUAUAGUAUUUGCACUUUGUACUUUCCAUGUAAAUUCACCCUGUAGAAAGGAGAUACUGACGCGGACUGUCUGAAUCUGUGAACGCGGAAGGCCGGCUUCGGCACCACCGUCGCCUACGCUCCCCGGGUCCGGUCUCCACGCCGGCUGCGGACGGGGCAGAUGGGCCCGGGGUGCGUGCCGGCUCCGGUGCCCGCGCGCAGGGAGGGGGGCGGAGGCGGCCGCCGGCCCUCGGGCUGUCCCGCCUUCCCUGCGGCCCGGCCCCCCGCCCGCCCUGGGGGCGCACGCGGGAGGCGGGUGCCCCAGGCGUGUGGACGCCGGGCCCUGGGCGGCCCGUCCUGGGGUCUCGGGUGGCUGGCUCGUCAGCAUUCUCGCCCACGCCGCAGAUCACGUGCUAGAACGCCUGCCAUCGCGAGCUCCUCCACGGGGUCCCCGCUUCAGAGUG